AUGAGUGUGCGACAUCUGCCUGCAAAUUACCACCACAAUAAGAAAGUAUCUAUCACUACACCUCUUUUCCUGGAAUUCCUCCAAUGCUUUGAUGCAAAAAUGGGAUGCAAUGGAAGGAAAAUUCUCCUCUUCAUCGACCAAUGCCCUGCCCAUCCACUGGGCAUCAUUAAGCUAAGAAACAUGGAAGUGGUGUGCUUUCCUGCCAAUUCAACGAGCCAACUACAACCCCUAGACCAAGGGGUGAUUGCAAAACUGAAGCAGAAGUAUUGGAAAUGA